CCUCUCUUUUCCUCUCUCAAUGUCGCAAAAACACGGAAAAAUACAUCCUUUCCCAUUCCCAUCAACUUAUUUUUGACCUUUGACUCGGCAAAGUCUUUACUUAUUUUGCUCUGUUUCUCUAACCAAAAUUUCAUAUCAUCUGAAUAUGGUCCCUCAUACUAUAUAGUCUGAAAGAAAGAAAGAAAGAAAGAAAGAAGAAACAUCAACUUAGUAGAAGCAAGACAAUAGAUUCAUUCAUCGGGUCUCAAGAUGGAUUACGAUCCAGCUCACGCUAUGAGCAGAGGAGGGAGUAUGCGGAGAAGCAUAAGCCGAAGUGUGAGCAGAGCAAGCAGAAACCUUGAGGACAUAUUCUCACCAAGCUCUAGACGAACCAAAUCCGUCAACGAAGACGAAGAAGCUCUCAAAUGGGCUGCCAUCGAGAAACUCCCAACCUACAGCCGUCUCCGCACCAGUCUCAUGCCCGCCGUUGGAGAAGACGACCUCUACGGCAACCAAAUCCUCAACAAGGAAGUCGACGUCACCAAGCUCGACGGCGAAGAACGCCAAAAGUUCAUCGACGCAGUCUUCAAGGUCGCAGAGCAAGACAACGAAAGGAUCUUGACCAAACUCAGGAACAGGAUCGACAGAGUCGGGAUCCAACUUCCGACAGUGGAAGUCAGGUACGACCAUUUGACCGUGAAAGCAGACUGUUACACCGGAGACAGAUCUCUUCCGUCGCUUAUUAACUCGGUGAGGAACAUGGGAGAAUCUGUUCUUGGCAUGAUCGGAAUUCAGCUUGCCAAGAAAGCGCAGCUUACUAUUCUUAAAGAUGUUUCUGGAAUCGUCAAGCCUUCAAGAAUGACACUUUUGUUGGGUCCUCCUUCUUCGGGGAAGACAACGCUUUUGUUGGCUCUUGCCGGUAAACUAGACAAAUCUCUUGACAUCUCUGGUGAUGUGACUUACAAUGGUUACCGUCUCAACGAGUUUGUUCCAAUCAAAACCUCUGCUUACAUUAGCCAAAACGAUCUUCAUGUCGGUAUCAUGACCGUUAAGGAGACUCUUGAUUUCUCUGCUCGGUGUCAGGGCGUUGGUACCCGUUACGAUCUUCUAAAUGAGCUGGCAAGGAGAGAAAAGGACGCUGGGAUUUUCCCUGAAGCUGAUGUUGAUCUGUUCAUGAAAGCCUCUGCUGCUCAAGGCGUCAAGAGUAGUCUCAUCACUGAUUACACUCUCAAAAUUCUAGGGCUUGACAUUUGCAAGGACACAAUAGUUGGAGAUGACAUGAUGAGAGGUAUUUCAGGAGGUCAGAAGAAGCGUGUGACAACCGGCGAGAUGAUCGUCGGGCCAACUAAGACUCUGUUCAUGGAUGAGAUAUCCACUGGGCUUGACAGCUCCACGACUUUCCAAAUCGUGAAAUGCCUGCAACAGAUCGUUCACCUCACAGAAGCCACUGUUCUCAUCUCUCUUCUUCAGCCUGCUCCUGAGACUUUUGAUCUAUUCGAUGAUAUAAUCUUACUGUCGGAAGGACAGAUUGUGUACCAGGGACCAAGAGACCACAUUCUAGAGUUCUUUGAGAGCUUUGGCUUCAAGUGCCCUGAAAGAAAAGGAACAGCUGAUUUCUUGCAAGAGGUUACCUCUAAGAAAGAUCAAGAGCAAUAUUGGGUGGAUCAAAACAGACCUUAUAGAUACAUUCCAGUGCCGGAAUUCGCCAGCAAAUUUAAGACAUUCCAUGUUGGAAACCAGCUUUCCAACGAGCUAUCGGUACCGUUCGAAAAAUCUAAAGGCCACAAAGCAGCUCUAGUGUUUGACAAGUACUCAAUGAAGAAAACAGAGCUUCUCAAAAGCUGUUGGGACAAAGAGUGGAUGCUCAUGAAGCGAAACUCCUUCUUCUACGUUUUCAAGACAGUCCAAAUCAUCAUCAUCGCUGCAAUCACGUCUACUUGUUUCCUCAGGACAGAAAUGAACACGAGGAACGAGAAUGACGCCAACAUGUACAUGGGUGCACUGCUGUUCGCAAUGAUUGUCAACAUGUUUAACGGUCUUGCUGAGAUGGCCAUGACGAUCCAGAGGCUUCCCGUGUUCUACAAGCAAAGGGAUCUUUUGUUUCAUCCACCUUGGACAUACACACUUCCUACUUUCUUGCUAGGGAUUCCAAUCUCCAUCUUCGAGACUACGGCAUGGAUGGUGGUGACAUAUUACUCCAUUGGAUUUGCACCAGAUGCAGGCCGGUUCUUCAAACAGUUCUUGAUCAUUUUUCUGAUCCAACAAAUGGCUGCGGGAAUAUUCAGGUUCAUUGCAUCCAUUUGUAGAACGAUGACCAUAGCCAAUACAGGUGGUAUGCUCGCUCUACUAGUCGUGUUCUUGACUGGUGGUUUCCUUCUUCCCCGACGUGAGAUCCCUGUUUGGUGGAGAUGGGCUUUUUGGGCAUCCCCUCUUUCAUACGCUUUCAAUGCCAUCAGCGUCAAUGAAAUGUUUGCUCCUAGAUGGAUGAACAAAAUGUCUUCUGACAGGACGACGAGGUUGGGAACAGCGGUGCUUAACAUGUGGGAUGUAUUUGAUGAUAAGAACUGGUAUUGGAUUGGAAUUGGAGGCUUGCUUGGUUUUACUGUCGUCUUCAACGGUCUUUUUACACUCGCACUUACUUAUCUAGACCCCCUUGGCAAGCCACAAGCUUUAAUUCCAAAAGAAGAUGGAGAAGAAGAGGCAAAACAAAAUAGAGAGAUUCCGAUGGAGAGUAUGAGCAACAAGAAAGGAAUGGUUCUUCCAUUUACUCCUCUAGCUAUGUCCUUUGACGACGUUAAAUACUUUGUUGACAUGCCAGCGGAAAUGAGGGACCAAGGAGUUCAAGAAACCAGGCUGCAACUUCUAAAAGGAGUGACAAGCUCGUUUAGGCCAGGAGUGUUGACAGCAUUGAUGGGAGUGAGCGGCGCGGGUAAGACAACUUUGAUGGACGUUUUGGCCGGAAGAAAAACCGGUGGAUAUAUAGAAGGAGACAUAAGAGUAUCUGGAUUCCCAAAGAAACAAGAGACAUUCGCAAGAAUCUCUGGUUACUGUGAGCAAACAGACAUUCACUCUCCACAAGUUACCGUAAGAGAAUCCCUCAUUUUCUCUGCUUUCCUUCGCCUUCCUAAGGAAGUAAGCAAAGAAGAGAAAAUGAUGUUUGUGGAUCAAGUGAUGGAAUUGGUGGAGUUGGUUAAUCUGAGAGACGCAAUCGUGGGUUUACCUGGAGUCACGGGGCUUUCCACGGAACAGAGAAAGAGAUUAACAAUAGCUGUCGAACUUGUGGCUAACCCUUCAAUCAUCUUCAUGGACGAGCCUACUUCAGGGUUGGAUGCUAGAGCAGCUGCUAUUGUAAUGAGGGCGGUGAGAAACACAGUGGACACAGGUAGAACUGUGGUUUGCACCAUACAUCAACCUAGCAUUGAUAUUUUCGAGGCGUUUGAUGAAUUACUACUAAUGAAGAGAGGAGGACAAGUGAUAUACUCAGGUCCAUUAGGCCGAAACUCUCACAAGAUUGUUGAGUACUUUGAAGCCAUUCCUGGAGUGCCAAAGAUUCCUGAAAAGUAUAACCCGGCUACUUGGAUGCUCGAAGCCAGCUCCCUAGCGGCUGAGUUGAAGCUUGGAGUUGACUUUGCUGAGCUAUACAAGUCCUCUUCUCUAUGCCAGCGAAAUAAGGCGCUGGUACAAGAACUAAGUGUGCCUCCAGAAGGAGCAUCUGAUCUCUACUUUGCGACACAGUUUUCUCAGAACACAUGGGGACAAUACAAAUCAUGUCUGUGGAAGCAGUGGUGGACGUAUUGGAGAUCUCCUGACUACAACGUUGUCCGGUUCAUCUUCACACUGGCAACAGCUCUUAUGAUCGGUUCUGUCUUCUGGCAAAUCGGAGGCAAAAGAUCAAACGUGCAGGACUUGACGAUGGUGAUCGGAGCAAUCUAUGCAGCUGUUGUAUUCGUGGGAGUAAACAACUGCUCGACUGUACAACCAAUGGUUGCAGUGGAAAGAACGGUUUUCUACAGGGAAAAAGCAGCUGGUAUGUACUCAGCUAUACCUUAUGCUAUCUCUCAGGUGACUUGUGAGCUACCUUAUGUCUUGGUUCAGACCACAUACUACUCGCUUAUCGUCUACGCUAUGGUCGGAUUCGAGUGGAAAGCUUCCAAGUUCUUGUGGUUUCUCUUCAUCAAUUACGUCUCUUUCCUCUACUGGACUUACUAUGGCAUGAUGACCGUCUCCCUCACGCCUAACCAGCAAGUUGCUUCUAUCUUUGCAUCAGCCUUCUAUGGUAUCUUUAACCUCUUCUCAGGGUUUUUCAUCCCUAGACCUAAAAUUCCCAAGUGGUGGGUCUGGUACUAUUGGAUCUGCCCUGUGGCUUGGACCAUAUACGGCUUGAUCACCUCUCAAUACGGUGACGUGGACACUCCCAUCGCUCUCCCUGGUGGUCCUCCUGGCCUCACUGUGAAACAAUACAUUAAAGACCAAUACGGUUUUGAAUCAGACUUCAUGGGACCUGUUGCAGCCGUCCUCGUUGCCUUCCCUGUCUUCUUUGCCUUCAUCUUCGCCUUUUGCAUCAAGACUCUCAACUUCCAGACUAGAUAAAACUCUCCUCUCUGUUUUUAUUUUUUCUUGUGAAAUAUUUGUUGCAGUAAUUAAAACUCUUUCUUUGCUUUUUGUUUUUGUUUUGCUUACACAAGAUAUAUUGAAAUAUGCAUAAUAAUGAUAUGUACAUGAUCCAUUUGAAUAUCUGUAACAUGAGAGUAACCAAGCAUACAAAUCAAAGAUCCAACAAAAU